CUACAGUUGUACAGAAAAUAUCGUCAAGAAAAUAAUAAAAAAAUUGUGUUUCGAUUUAUUUUGUUGAAAAAAAAAUUAUGAACAUGAAAUUUUAUCCCUUCAUUUUAAUUUUCCUUGUGAUCCUUUUUUUAAAUGUAUCUUAUAUUGAUGCUAGAGGUGGGGGAGGUGGACAUGGAGGUGGAGGACGAGGAGGUGGGGGUUUUGGAGGAAGAGGAGGUUAUGGAAGUUUGGGAGGUCGUGGUGGUGGAUAUCACGGAAUUUCUGGAGGUGGAUUUGCAAGACCUGUCGGAAGACCUGUAGUAAAUAAUUACUAUGGUGGAGGAGGAAUCAGAAGAGGAGGUUAUUAUGGAGGAAUUGGAAUCGCUCCUAUUUUAAUCGGAGGAUAUGGAGGAUAUGGGAGUUAUGGAAGUUAUGGAAGCUAUGGCCGUUAUAGAGUUGUAGAAUGUGAAAAUCCAUUUUCAUCUUAUGGCUACGGAACUUAUGUUUAUCCACCCUUUGGAUUUGGAUAUGGACGAUGCUACUAAUUGUGAUACCUUAAUUUAUUUAUUUAUUUAUCUUUUUGUAGAGUUGGAAAAUAUUUAAAUUAAAUAUUUAUAAAAAUUAUCAAAAUGGUUAAUCUUUUAUUUACUUAAAG